CUUGCCUAUCUGUUUUUAAACAUAGCGCUUUGAACUAAGCUUUUCGAUUGGAGAAUCACGUUCAACCUCCUUAUUUCCGCAUCAAAAAUUUUCCAAGUUGACGUUGAAUAGAGAUUCUACGGGACAGUUUGCUCAAUUUCAUCAGUACCGUGUUUUGUAUGAAAAAUGACAAUGGACGUGCAAUUUACGUAAUCUAAAGAAGAACAAUCGUGUAUGGCGAAUAAUUAUGUGAGUAAAUGUGAAAGAGUAGCAUUAAAAAAAUGUUUCACCACGAAUACGAGAAACGGCUGUUAAAGUCAAACAGCGAGAGCCAUAUAGAUAGUCUAGCAAGUCCUGGACUUCACCCAUCAGUAUAUUUUUCGCCAACUAAAAUGAUGAAUAAUAGUUUCGAUCGAUUUAUACCAACACGGUCAGGCAAUAAUUACCAAACAACAUUUUCGAUGAUAUCAGAGAACAAUCGAAAUGGUAUAGUCACAAAGAAGACUCGCGAGAAUGGAGAAAGUAACCGCGAUGGUAUUGCCUAUUCUUGUCUCUUAAAAAAUGAACUGCUUGGAGCAAGCAUAGAAGAUGUAAAAGGACAAUGUGAAGAACGAAGAGUAUUAUCACCAGUGGUUACCAGAAAUCUUUUUAAAUACAUUACACCUACGAAAGACCACACACUAUUAGAUCAAAGUUCACCUUAUUCUUUGUCACCAUUGAGUGCCAAAAGUCAAAAACUUUUAAGAUCUCCAAGAAAAGCAACAAGGAAGAUUUCCAGAAUACCUUUCAAAGUACUAGAUGCCCCUGAACUGCAAGAUGACUUUUAUUUAAACCUUGUUGAUUGGUCUUCUCAAAAUGUUCUCAGUGUUGGUCUAGGUAGCUGUGUCUAUUUGUGGUCUGCAUGUACCAGCCAGGUGACUAGACUAUGUGAUUUAUCCAGUGAUGGUAAUAGUGUAACAUCAGUUGCUUGGAAUGAAAGAGGAAAUCUAGUUGCAGUUGGUACACAUUUGGGCUAUAUCCAAGUAUGGGAUGUAGCUGUGAGUAAACAAGUAAGCAAGUUACAAGGACAUAGUGCGAGAGUUGGAGCUCUAGCUUGGAAUGGUGAAGUUUUAUCAUCUGGUAGUAGAGAUAGGUUAAUAUUACAAAGAGAUGUUAGAACUCCUUGUGUUGUGAGUGAAAGACGUUUAGGAGCUCAUAGACAAGAAGUCUGUGGACUCAAAUGGUCUCCAGAUAAUCAAUAUUUAGCCUCUGGUGGAAAUGACAAUCGUCUUUAUGUAUGGAACUUACAUUCCCUUUCACCGAUACAAACAUAUACUGAACAUCUAGCAGCUGUCAAAGCUAUCGCAUGGUCUCCACAUCAUCAUGGCCUUUUAGCUUCUGGUGGUGGUACAGCAGACAGAUGCAUUAGAUUUUGGAAUACACUAACUGGUCAACCAAUGCAGUGUGUAGAUACUGGUUCUCAAGUUUGUAAUUUGGCUUGGAGUAAGCACAGUUCAGAACUAGUCAGUACACAUGGUUAUUCUCAAAACCAAAUUCUGGUGUGGAAAUAUCCCAGUCUAACUCAAGUUGCAAAAUUAACAGGACAUUCAUAUAGAGUUUUAUAUUUAGCUAUGUCACCAGAUGGUGAAGCUAUUGUAACUGGUGCUGGAGAUGAAACUUUACGUUUUUGGAAUGUGUUCAGUAAAGCACGUAGUCAGAAAGAAAAUAAGUCUGUAUUAAACCUCUUUACUAGUAUUCGAUAAAUUAAUAUAAAAAAAAUUAUGAUAUUAUGUAUAAUACAUAAUAUAUGCACUAUUCUAGUAUUCUGAAAAAUUAUAAGAUAUAUAACGUAUAUAACUAAUAAUUUACAAACAUUUAGUUAUAAGUAAAAACAUUUUGAAAUUUAUUAAGAUUAAGUUUAUAUGCACAGCCUAUUGUUCAUUAAUUUUUAUGUGCAAUAAGUUAUUCAUAAAAUCAUGCCCUUAUAAGGAAAAACAAAGAUCAUAUAUAAUUUUUAUGUAUUUUUCACACAAAUAGUUUUAUGUCCAAAGCGUUAAAAUUUAUAUUUCAAGAAUGCAACAUCUAUUUUUUUAACAUUUUUUAUAUUUUAUCUUAUUACACAAUAUUACAUACAGAUAAUUAGUCAUUUAUAUGUUUUAUUCAUUUUAACAAAAUUCAAUGACUAAGUAUUUAAUAAUUUACUUUAGAUAUACCGUACUGUAAAACAUAAGGCAAAGAAAAUGGAAUAUUAUAGUAUUGUUAUUAAUUUUGAAUUGCAAUAUUGCAGUUUCUUUUAAGGGCAUAUUAUACACUGUGUGUGCGCGCCUGUGUGUGUGUAAGAGAGAGAGAGAGGGAGAUUCCAAAUAUUUAUAAUUUU